AUGUGGGAUGUGAUGUCAACCAAAAAUGACAACUUUGACAACCAGGGAGCAUUAGAAACAGCCUAUGGAUUUGGUUUGAUUGCUGGACCUACGUUAGGUGGCGCCCUCUACGAGGUGGAUGGCUAUUACUUACCUUUCAUAACUGUUGGAGUGGUUCUUGUUGUUUGUGCAGUCAUAACUGUUUUCUUACUCCCAGAUUCAGAGCUCAACGAGGAUAUGGGAUCAGGAGAUCUUCUUAAAUUUUGGCUCCAUCCAGGAACAAUUCUUGAUGGACUUUCCAUCACGAUUACAAUGGUCACAAUUGGGUACAAUCACGCCACAUUAGAACCACAUUUACGUCAGUUUAAUCUUUCACCGUUUAUACUCGGGACCAUCUUUGUGGUUGCAGGAGGAUUUUAUGCCAUCACAGUCCCCGGGUGGGGCUUCCUGGUGGACAAAAGUGAUAUUACAAAGUUAGUUGGAGUCUCAGGCUGUGCUAUUAUUGGUGUUGCCUUCCUCUUCAUGGGUCCAGCUCCGUUUAUGCCCUUUGAUACGUAAGUUAAGUACGUUUUCAUAUAAAU